UUGUGUUUACGCCAGUGGAGAGUCAAUCCAACAUUUCAAAUUUCUCUCUCGCAAUUCGUACUUUUUUUUGCUCUAAUUCGGGAGUGAGACAAGAUGACAUUAUUCCAGACUAGAUGAGGAUAUUAUUGCUGUUUCCUCUAUGUAGAAAUUGGGAGAAAUCGACGCGUGUAUCUGUGGAAUUUGCUUAGAUAAAGACGAUAUGACCCUGGAAGCUGCACCAUGCAAAGCAUAAGAAGGAAAUCUUCUCAGUGGAGCCACCAUGCCACCCUCAUGCAGUGAGCUGUGGGGCUGCCCGCAGAUGUCCCCAUGCAUUAUCCUCGACUGCCUCCUGCCAAACAGCAUCAUUGUGCCUCUCACCUGCCAUAAGGAGAUCACCCUUAGCAAACUCAAGGUCGAGGUAUGGCAGGAGGCCAAAAAAUACCCCCUGUACCGGGUGCUGGGCCAGCCCGAGGAGUAUGUACUAGUUGGUGUAACACAGGAUGCAGAGCAGGAGGAGUUUUGGGAUGAGACCAAACGGCUUUGUGAUCUGCGUCUCUUCUCUCCAAUCCUCAAGGUGGUGGAGCCACGGGGGAGCAAGGAGGAGAAGGUCCUCAACUAUGAAAUCAGCUUGGCCAUUGGGCGUUCUGUUCAUGAUCUAGAUGAUGCUAAACAGCUGCAGUUGCAGGAGUUUAGGAGGAAUAUCAUAGAGGUGGUGAGUGAAGCGGUGAAGGUGAGGCAGCAAUGUGGCCUUGAGUCAUUAGCAUGUUACCAACACCCACCUGAGCUGGAACCCACACCACACCUACCUAGGUCCAUUGAGAAACACUUAGAUGAAGGCUACCUGACAGUGACAGUGUGGAGAGGGACCUCAGAGUCGACAAGUGUGCGUAUCACAUGGGACACCUACCCUGACGGUAUCAUAGCCGAGGCACUCACACGUCUGGCCCCGGCACCAGACAUGCUGGGCUCCCUCACCACCUCACAGCAAUCCUCUAGACAUGCGCUCAAGAUUUGCGGCACAAAUGAGUACCUCCUGGCUAGUCGUCCCAUCACCCAGUACAAGACUGUCCGUGUGUGGCUGUCCAGAGGCAAGACACCGCAGCUGUCCAUGGUGUCCCGUGGAGAGCUGUAUGCUUCACUCACCAAGUUCGACUUUGUCCUGCCUACUUAUGUGAGGACACCUGGAAAUAUGCCCAACACUGCACCUGCAUCACCCUUGUCCCUCUGGCAUCCCAGUAUGGAUGGGAGGCUCAAGGUACACAUCCUCUGGGCAUCAUAUGUCAAUGUCAAGGAGGCACACAAGAUAUACGUGCAAUCGGGCAUUUUCCAUGGGGAUGAGCAGCUGUGCACAGUGCGGGAGACACAGCAUGUGCCAGGCAGCAGCCCCAACUGGGAGGAGUGGCUGCAGUUUGAGCUUCCCAUCCAGGAGAUCCCAAGAGGAGCACGUCUCUGUCUCUCCAUCUGCUCCAAACGGAAGCAGACUGACAAGAAGAAGAAGAAGGAGAAAAUGCAGGAACACUGUAUGCUGGCCUGGGGUAACAUCAAUCUCUUCGACUUCCGCAGUCAACUGGUCCACAACCGGGUAUCAAUUGCAAUGCUACCACCACCCAGAGGUUUUGAGGCACUUUUGAACCCCCUUGGUGCAACAGGUCAGACUUUGGCCAAUGACACAACGUGCCUUGAGGUGGAGUUUGAGAGGCGCUUUAACCAGCAAGUAACCUUUCCUGACACACAGCAGAUGGAGGACUAUGCUCGCUACAUUAUUAAGCUAGAACGAAAACCAAAGGACCAGGGCCAGGAGGACAGCCAAGAUGACUUAGAGAAAAUCAAGGAAAUUGCUGCACGUGACUCUCUGAGUGAACUGAGUGAGCAAGACAAGGAGCUCCUCUGGUCCAGAAGGAGACUGUGCCUCUCAGUGCCUGACUCACUGCCUAGGCUCCUAGAUGCUGUCAGAUGGUCUUCUCGCGACCAUGUCAGCCAGCUUUACUUACUGAUGAAGGAGUGGCCACUGGUAUCUCCUGAAGUGGCCCUUGAAUUGCUACAGUGUAAAUACGUUGACCCGACUGUCCGCAAGCAUGCAGUUAAGUCUCUCGACAAGGGCCUUCCAGAUGAGAGGCUCUCACAGUAUUUGUUACAACUAGUCCAGAUUCUGAAGAACGAAUCCUACUUAGAUUCCUCCCUUCUCCGAUAUUUACUAAGGAAAGCACUGACAAACUCCAAAAUUGGACAGAUUUUUUUCUGGCAGCUGAAAUCUGACAUCAACUUCUGGCCCUGCUCCCUUCAUGCCCUGGCAGUCUUGGAGGCUUACUGCCGCGGUCUGGGUCCUAGUCUGAAGGCGGUCACACGGCAAGUGGAGGUGGUUGACAAGCUGACUCGGCUUGGGGAGGCUAUCAAGGACAGGUCUGACACCAAUAGGGAGAAGACCCGGUUCCUGAGGGAACAGCUAGCAGAACCUGACUACUCCUCCACCCUCCAACAUCUUACCUCCCCCCUCCACCCCAGCCACUCCCUAGGGCGCCUGAGGAUCUCAGAAUGCAAGGUCCUAGACUCAGCCCGUCGCCCUUUUUGCCUGGUGUGGGACAAUCCUGAUCCAAUGGCCCCUCACUACUGGCUGUCCCAUGCCAUCAUCUUCAAGAGUGGGGAUGAUUUGAGGCAGGACAUGCUCACCCUGCAGGCCAUUGGUAUUAUGUCGCAUCUGUGGAACAUGGAGGGGCUUGACCUUGGCAUGACCCCUUACUCCUGCCUGAGCACGGGCAAACAGGUGGGCCUCAUCGAGAUGGUGCGUAAUGCCAAGACAGUCUACAGCAUUCAGCGAAGUUCUAAGCUGGGGGCCAUCCAGGUGGACUCUUCACAGCUCUUCAAGUGGAUCCGAGACAAGAACAAGGGGCUCAGGCUUGACCAAGCCAUUGACAACUUCACACGUUCCUGUGCUGGGUACUGUGUGGCCACGUUUGUCUUAGGCAUUGGGGACAGACAUCCAGACAACAUCAUGGUCAAUCAGGAUGGCCAGAUUUUCCACAUUGACUUUGGCCACAUCUUGGGGAACUUCAAGAAGAAGUUUGGCAUCAACCGGGAACGAGUACCAUUUGUCCUGACCCAAGACUUCCUGCGCGUGAUUGCCAAGGGAGAAGAGAACCCAAAGGAGAGUCAGGAGUUCCAGAGGUUCCAGGUGCUGUGUGGAAAGGCAUAUCUAGCACUGCGUAAACACUAUCGCCUCAUUGUAAACCUCUUCAUGUUGCUGCUGCCUGCAGGAAUGUCUGAGCUACAAAGCCAGGAUGAGGUUGCCUACCUGCGUAAGACGCUGGCUGUGGAGGCCACAGAAGAGGAAGCCCUUCAGUACUUCCAGAACCAGUUCAGUGAGGCAUAUGAUGGUGCCUGGACCACCAAAAUAGACUGGUUCUUCCAUUAUGUCAAGCACAGGUAGACCAGUCUGCUCAACCACUCUCCCCACACCUUUUUCCUUCUCCCAUCCAACUUCCCCAACCCUCUUUACUGGCCUUGUGAUGAGGAAGUUUGCUUCACCGACAACUUGACAGGCAAGAUUUUUUUUUUUGUCAUUUUGCUACCUGUGUUUGAAGCUGCAAUGAGAAGAAUGUCAGCAACCCCACUUUGACGGUGUCUCACUGUGGACCUUUGAGCUUACCAAAUAUGUAGUAAUUAGAGUUUUAUUUUUUAAACUUGAUUCACAGUGUAAAUUUUUCUUUUCUUUUCUCUUUUGCACAUGUACAUAUAUAUUUUUUUAUGGACUGGGUAGGUUUACCCUUAUUGCAUUUAGUCCUUUUUAUUUUAUGUUCUCAUUCUUUCUCCUCUCAUAAUUUAAGUAUCAAGAGUCAUUUCAAGUAAGACAUGACUAUAAAAAAGAAAAAUUAUCAGCAUGUAAUAUGUAAACAAAUCCAGUGCUCUUCUUGCACUUGUCACUAUGACUGUUUUAUUUAAGAAAACUCUGACAGCAGUCUAGCCAUCUCUCUCGACUGCAGCCUAAGUGAACCUAAUAUCUAUUUUGUAAAAGAAAAAUAGUAGAUAUUAAAAGUCUCUGGUUGACCCAGUGAAGAAAAGAGAUGAGAGAGAGCUUAGAUCUACUCACUACUAAUGAAGGCAGGUCAGAUAGCUGUAGAUUUCAGGUUGUAAGCUUGAAGUGAUGCUUGUUUCUUCUAUUAUCAUUUCUUUUUUAUAUGAACAGAAAGGGUCCUGUUUUUUAUGAGGAAAUAAUUCUUAUAGAACUUAUGAAUUUCAUUUAAGAGGAUCUUAUUCAUAUGUAGAUAACAUUCCACAAUUUUUGUUCCCCAUUGUAGAUGUGUUAGUGUCUGUCUUUUUGUUUGUUAAUUUCUCUGUUAGUAAGGAAUAAAAGCAAAAAUGGUUAGAAACUUCUUAUAGGGAUGAUUGUUCAGAUUCAUGAAUGAUUUUUGUCUAGUAGAUUGGGAAAUGACUGUAUUUUCACUUCACAAUUUGAGCUGUUCUUCUUGAGGAAAGCAGGUUGACUCACUGAUCCAUCCUUCUUCUGCCUGCUCUUUCUAUCUAUAUCUAUGUCAUAUUCUGUCUGUCUCUCAUUCUCGUACUCACUCGCUCUCUUAUUCCAGGUGUAGGCUUGCUGUCCCACCUCCUACUUUCCUCACUAGUGUUUACCUCCCCCUUUCCACGCCAUUCUUACCCCGCCCUCUCUCCACUUCAUUCUCUCUCCUGUAGUAUAUAGCAAGUGGUGCUGUAAUGUGUACUCUGUGGUGUGAUUGGUUCUCUUCUGCUUUACUCCUUGCCAUCUUGUCCUCUUUGGCUUUUGUGGAAAAAA